CAAAAACAAAAGAGAAAGGCAGUAAAGAAAAGUAUAUAUAAACAAGAAUCAUCGAAAAGAAGGAUCGAAACAAUCGCUUUUCUUCUCCUUUUGUUUUCGUAAACAUAUAAAUUAAUUAUUUGGAAAAGUUUUGUAGAAGACAAAGAAAUUUAAUUCUUUCUUAGAUAUACAAAGAAGAAGAAAUGACGGACGCCCAUGCCGCCCGGACGGUCGUCGGAAUCAUCGGGAACGUGAUCUCUUUCGGCUUGUUCUGCGCUCCAAUACCAACGAUGGUGAAGAUAUGGAAGAUGAAAUCUGUGUCGGAGUUUAAGCCAGAUCCAUACGUAGCUACGGUUUUAAACUGCAUGAUGUGGACAUUUUACGGACUUCCUUUCGUCCAGCCCGACAGUCUCCUCGUCAUCACCAUCAAUGGAACUGGUCUUUUCAUGGAACUCGUUUACGUCACCAUCUUCUUCAUCUUCGCUACCUCCCCUGUCCGCAGAAAGAUCACAAUAGCUAUGGUGAUUGAGGUGAUAUUCAUGGUGGUGGUGAUCUUCUGCACAUUGUAUUUUUUGCAUACAACAAAACAGAGAUCUAUGCUUAUUGGGAUCUUGUGUAUCAUUUUUAACGUUAUCAUGUAUGCUGCUCCUCUCACCGUCAUGAAACUUGUGAUAAAGACAAAGAGCGUGAAGUACAUGCCCUUCUUCCUGUCAUUAGCCAACUUCAUGAACGGUGUCGUUUGGGUCAUUUAUGCUUGUCUUAAAUUCGACCCCUAUAUCUUGAUUCCAAAUGGUCUUGGAUCACUAUCAGGAAUUGUCCAACUUAUACUAUACGUAACGUACUACAAAACAACUAACUGGAACGAUGAUGAAGAUGACGAAAAGCGAUAUUCGAAUGCUGGAAUCGAACUUGGCCAAGCUUGAUAAUUGCAGCUAUUUCAGUCGUCGACGGUGCUUCAUCCAUAGGUCAAAGAUAGACUCAGAAGUGAGAUGAAGUUCUUGUUACUUAUAUUAUGUGGAAGCCUAUGAAGAAAAAAAUGAACUAGUGGAACCUCUCGAAGCAGUUUAUGAAGUUUUCUUGUGUUGGAAGAAAGGGGUUACUCUUUUUUGUUGAAACGAUUAUAACUUUCGUAUAAGUUGAGAAUCUUUGUAAUUUGUUACAUUAUUUAGUUUUACUCGAAGUUUUUAGAUUACUGUAUAAAUUUGUUUUUGGAAAUUGUAAGACUAUUUGAUGUUAAGAACAGAGUAAUAAACAGAGGUACUCUUGCUUUA